AUGCACAGAAGUACUAGAAAAGAAUGGAAUAAACAUACAACGAACAAAAUUACUAAGCAUAAGAAUAUAGAAUUGGGAAAAAUAUCAACCAACAUGGAUCGACAUAGGCUAAUAAAUAUGGUGUUAGCUUUAGAGGAUGAUGAUCACCGUAUAAAUGUUAUUGGAAACAUUGCCAUGAACCUUGCGAAUCCGUUGGAACAUGUUGGACCUGGAAACGAGAGGCGAGUGAGAAAUGAAAAUUAUUAUGAAGACACCAUCCCUCGUUAUAGUCCAGAUGAUUUUCAACAACACUUCCGAAUGCAACGAGAGACCAUGAACGAACUUGUAAACAUCAUUGGACAGCGUAUACACCGGACUCACUUCAAAAUACCGCUGGAAAAGCAGAUAUUACUGACAAUCUGGCUAUUGGCAAAACCAGAAUCUUUUUUAGCAGCUGGUGAUCGCUUCGGGGUUGCCCACAGUACCGCACACUAUUGUUUUGCUGAAAUAACCAGGAUACUGUCAUCGUUAAUAAGGAGAUACAUCCAGUGGCCACAUGCGGACGAACGAUCAAGAAUUGCCAGAGUAAGUAUUUAA